UUUUUCGAAAUCCAAGGUCGAAAACAGCAAGUUUUCAAAGUCUUCAAGAAAUCAUGUGUGGAUUUCGCUUGGUAAAAUCUAUGGGUCGUUCGUGCACCAAUCUAACUGUUCGUGGAUAUCAAAAAAUGAGUUCUGAUACUAUCAAUCCCCAUGUUGUGAAGCUUCAGUAUGCUGUCCGUGGACCAAUAGUACUCAGAGCGUUAGAAUUAGAGAGAGAAAUAUCCCAAGGUUCAAAAAAAAGAUUCAACAGAAUUAUCCGUUGCAAUAUUGGCGACUGUCAUGCGUCUGGUCAAAAGCCCAUUUCAUUUAUUCGUGAAGUUUUGUGUGCCGCGACAAAUACACAUAUUAUGGAUACCAACUUAGUUCAAGACGAUGCUAAAUUAAGAGUCAGGAGAUUUCUGGACAGUUGUGGUGGAAGUGUUGGAGUCUACAGCCAGUCUACAGGCGUAGAAGUUGUCCGCGAGGAUGUUGCACAAUACAUAAAACAACGGGAUCAGUUAUCAGCUAACCCCCAAAAUAUUUUCUUAUCCAAUGGGGCAAGUGAAGCUGUUAAGUCAAUUCUUCAGUUGAUAUCCACUGGAGAAGAUGGAUCCAAACGUUCUGGUAUUAUGGUCCCCAUACCUCAAUAUCCUCUUUAUUCAGCAACAAAUGCUGAAUAUAACGCCUAUCAGAUCGAUUACUAUUUGGAUGAAUCGAAUGGAUGGGACCUAAGUAUUGAACAAUUGGAAGAAGCUUUAAAAAAAUGCAAUGAUAAAUGUAUCCCACGUGCUUUAGUAGUAAUCAAUCCUGGCAAUCCAACAGGUCAAUUACUAUCAAAAGACACAAUUACAAACGUUUUAAAAUUCGCUUACAAACAUAAUUUAGUUGUAUUAGCCGAUGAAGUUUAUCAACAUAAUAUUUAUGCACCAGAUACAGGAUUUAUCUCGUUUAAACGCGCUCUAUAUGAUAUUGGCGGAAGCAUUUCCAAUGAGUUACAGUUAGCAUCAUUUAUGUCAUGUAGUAAAGGUUAUAUGGGAGAAUGUGGUCUUCGUGGUGGAUAUUGUGAACUUGUGAAUUUUCCUGAAGAUGUUCAACAACAAUUGUACAAAUCCCUUUCAGCUCGACUAUGUUCUUCAUUAUUGGGUCAACUAACAAUGGAUGUCGUUGUAAAUCCUCCUAAACCCCAUGAGCCAUCUUACAAUUCAUUUAUGAAAGAAAAAUCAUCAGUGCUAAAAGAACUUAAACAAAAAGCUGAACUCACUACAAAAUCAUUAAAUUCACUUCAAGGUUUUUCAUGUAAUGCAAUCACUGGAGCAAUGUAUGCAUUUCCACGAAUUGAUUUACCUAAAAAAGCGAUCGAAAUAGCAAAGUCGAAAGGUAUGCAACCAGACUUUAUGUACUGUUUGGAAUUUUUGGAAGAAUAUGGCGUCUGUGUAGUACCAGGAUCUGGAUUCGGUCAAGUACCAGGAACUUGGCAUUUUAGGUAAACUAAUUUGCAAAUAUUCAUUUACAUCCUUCACUCUGAAACUUCCUAAAACUUGAAUACAUGGAGUUGGACAACUAGAAUAAACCAACAUGUUUUAGCGUGGUUGACGUUAUAAACAUAAUGUAAGGACAGUCUUACCAAGUCAUUUAAUUUCAGUCUGAAUGGGACAGACGACUGAAAGAUUUACUCAAUUCUAGAUACCGAGGUGUCCCAGUCAAUCCAACUUUUAUCUAAAUCCAUAUACAGAAGUGGGUAUAAUCAAGUAUUGUGACAAGUAGUUCAACUUUUUGAUGGUUCGAUGGAAAAGUCGGUAGUCAAAAUGAUAAGUAUUUAGUUGUUGUCUUGUGCAUUGUUUUAGUGCCUCCGUAAAUUUCGUGUUCCAAAGAUAGGACAAAGGAUGGCAUAGCUUAUCCAAAGUUAUUGUUAAGCUACUCAAAGACUGUAACUGUUACCUCUAGUCCUUCUGUGUGAUAUGGUUUAGCUUAACUGACUUUUCGUCGUACAGUAGAUUUGUGAUUUUGGAAAUCACCAUAGUUGCAGUACAUUAAACCGUUUUUUUUCUAGAUGGGCUGGGUGCUUAUAUUUCUUUCUUUUUUAAUGUUUACGAGUCGGGUUAUACAAGGGAAACAGUUCCAUUUCAAAUUGAAAUCCGAGUUUAACAGCAGAUUUAUCCUCUCGAAAAGUAAAAGACAAUAAUCUUAUACUUUCAAACUAUAUAUACAUCAAUUGUUUGAUAUCAUGGUUGAAUUUACAAUACCUAUAACCUAGUCACCUAGUCAUCUAUUUAUCAUUGUGAAUCCAAUUUAAAAUGUGUUCGUUUUCUAAUAAAUUAUGUGAUUUUAUGGAGAAUAAGCCCUUUCGUAAUCAGUGAAUGAUAGAGUUGUUGAAAACUUACAAAGGCUUUCGAAAAUGUUCCAAGUUCAAACUCACUGAUCUUUACAUUUUACUUAAUAAAGUCUUAGAAAUUUAGAACUCGUAGAAUCCACGUUUCUGUAUCCGAAAUAUAUUUGAGGUUCGCUUAUCUCAAACCACAAUGUAAUUGUUUUAUCAACAUCUCAUUUUUGCUGAUGUUUUUAGGAAUCAGUAAUGUUUACCCUCCUUGGUUUUCACAUUUUUUUAAUCAUAAUUCAUGUUGCUCAGGUACAGGUUAUGAUUACUAUAGUUGAAAUACUUUUUUUUUGUUUUGGAGAAUAACAAUUCUCCCUAGCAUUGAAGAAAUGAAACUGGUCAUGGACUAUUUAAAAGAAUUUCAUACAUCCUUUCUGACAAAGUAUUCUUGAAUCGUCUAAAUAUGUGACAAUCCGUAGAGUAUUUCAAGUCUUGAUAUUUUUGUGUUAUAUACAUACAACUUUCACAUUCUUCAUCAUGUAUACAUAUAGAUAUUCUGUUCGUAUCCAAUCAGAAUUUUUUCUUUUUUACUCUUUUCAUAAAUAUAACAUGGUUUCUCUUCAGUUAUCUAUCUUUGAAUCUACUACAUUCAGCUGUUGUACCAAUGUUUAAUUCUUAUUCAUUUAAGACUCCAAUUAUCAAAUGAGGGGGUUCUCAUCUAACCCCCUGACUAUUACGUAAUCUCAUUUGAUAAUUGGAGUUUCGAAUCACUUUAUGAUGUAAUCUUUUUUAUCCUUUUGUUUAUUUAUUUAUCUAUCUACAAAAAAAUCGACUGAUCGAUAGUUUAUGCAAAAAAAGAUGAUAAUUUAAAUGGUUUAGUAAUUUUCAAUUAAUUCCUACAUUAAUGUAUGUGUCUAUCUGGGUUUCUUUUUUUCCAUUUUGUUAAAAUGAUUGUGUUUUUCUGAUCCAGUUAUGCUGCACUGAUCACGGUAAUAAAAACCAGUCGACAUGAAACUGUGAUGUUGGGUGACGCGAGAUCGGAUUCUCCAGGCCAAACCAGUUUCCUUAAGACUACACAUAUCUUAGUGAGAAGUACCCAAUCUCACGAAAUCUAGGUCGAGAGUAUCCUGUCGACUACUUCCAACCACCUUACAUAGCUUUUAUGUACUAACCCCUAAAUUUCAAAGGGAAUACAAAAGAUCACUCUACUAUCCUUACUGCAGCAAGUUUGUUAAAUAAUAGACGGGUCAUACUUUUAAGUAAGUAUCCUAAUUUAAUUUUUCACAAACUUCAGUCAUUAUCUCUACAUGUAUAAGCUUCCGUUGUUUUUCAUUUAUUUCGUCUAACCUUUCAGUAUGGAAAUUAAAUGGUUGCCCUCCUACAUUCAUUACCUAACAUCAAAUCCAUCUCUGAAAAUCUUGUCCAAGUUAACAUCUUCAAAAAUAUUUUCUAAAUAACUCACUGGAAACAAAUUUACCAUUCAGUCAAUGACUUGAAAGCUCAAGAAUACGUUAGAAACUUUUAUUAUUCAUAUUAAUUAUCAAAUUAACUACAGUACUAUUAGAAGUAAUCGUCAGGUUUUAGUAAAGCAUACAAAAAAAAAUCAACUUAAUAUUCAUUAUUUCUACGAAACUUACCUAGUUAUUUAUUGAGCACUAUAAUAAAAAACCCCAAAUGUGAUAAAUAUUGUUUAUACAGAGAAUAAAAUAAAUCACAUGUUC